AUGUUUAAGAUUGGAAUUUUUCCACUAAUAGCGACUGUAUUUUUUAGCUAUUAUUCUUCUAUUGCAGCUUUGCCUAUAAUUGAAGAUUCUACUGAUUCCCCUACUCGUGGAGUGGUUACACUUGCCUAUGUUUUAGGAUUUUUACUAGCUCCUUAUGUAGCAGACCACCUCAAACACGUAAGAAGGCGAAAUUAUUUAAUUUCCAGCGUUUUAUUAGUGGUAUCAUAUAAUUAGAUUUUUGGGGUAGCAAUUUAUCCAAUCGCUGCUUAUUUAACCCCUGCAUUGUGCAUUAUUUGGCUUGCAAUUUCUAUUGUGUUUAUAUCACUUGGAGCUGUCGGAUUUUAUGUCCCAGCACUGACUUUACUUCUAGCUCAUGACCCUAAAAACAUUUAUCUUUUAUUCCCUGUUGCUGAGUUUUCAUGGGAUUUAGGCUAUACUUUUGGUUUAACAAUGCCUUUAUACCUCUCUGAAAAAGAGCAUUUUUUAUUUUAUUUUUUAUCCUGCACAUUAUUAUUGGCUUUAGUUUUUAUUUUUACUUUAAAAUAUGUCAAAAAAACUCCAAGAGAAGAUGAUGAAAAUUUGGAUUUAGAAAUAAAAGAUUUAAAGGAAAAUAUGGUAAAUUUUACUUACUCCCCCCCCCCCUCCGUGAGCGAACAAAAAAAUUUUGUUCGCUCACGGAGGGGGGUUAAUUUUUUUUUUUAAAAAAAAAAUUAUAUAUAAAUUUUAUAAAAAAUAUUUUUUUUUCGAAAUUUAAAAAAAAUCCUAAUUUGCAAAAAAUUGGGAAGCAAAUAUUAAUUUAAUUUGCAAAAUUUAUGUUUUAAAACGCAAUUUGUUUAAAAUUAAACAGAAUUAGCUCUAGAUUUCAUUAUACUAAUUAUCACUUAUAUAUCAAAAUUUUUUUCCAUUAAAAUUUUUUUAUAUAAAAAAAAUUUUGUUCACUCACGGAGGGUGGGUUUUUGGUCAAAAAAUGGGCGAUUUUUCUAAUGGUUUUGUUCGCUCACGGAGGGGGGGGGGGGAGUUAAAAAAAGGCUUAUUUGUAAGAAAAAUAAUUCAAUCGGAAAAGAAUAAUAAAAGAAAAUGAAAUUUUAUUGGAUUGUAUGGUGAUUAUUUUUGUGGUCGCCGCAGCUCGAUGUAUAGAUCCUGUGCUUGAUGGGAUUUUAGAAGACUCAGAUAGAGAUGACGGAACAAUAAGUAAGAAAUAAUUAGCAAUUUUUAUUGUGGGAAGCUCCAUAGUAUCAUUUGUAGUCACUGGGAUAUUUUGUUUAUUUUUGGAAAAAAUUGAUAGAAAAGUAAUUAUGUUGCUUGGGAUUAUUGGAGCAAUAAUUGGGCUGAUUCUGAUAGGAAUUGUUAAUAUAAGUAAUUAAUUUAAAUAGUUUUUUUUAAAAUUAAAAAUAAUUAGGUAUAUAGUCAGCUUAAUUUUAUAUACAAUAAUUGGGGAAUAUAAUCCGUGCUUAUUAUAUGGACUUAUUUUUCUGGAUUUUGGCAUGUCAGUUGGCACAGCUUCAGGGUUUCCUAUCAUUACAGGCACAGCUAUGAAUAAAAUAGGGCUUAAAUUGACAGACAGAGUGGUAGAUUUAAUUGCUGGAAUUUAUGUCACAGCAAUUAUGCUAGGUGCUGCACUAGGCCCUGCUAUGAUGAUUUGGCUUACCUAUUAUAUGGAAUAUUACCAUGCUGCUAUAAUAUGAUUUGGUCUAGGGAUUAUUGUUGCCAUUAUUUAUAUCCGACACACUUGGCAUGGCUUUGUGACAUUGCCUCGAAAGCAGAAAGAGCUUGAAAAAGAAAAACUAAUUAAAGAAGAAAUCCAAUCAGAUAAUAAUUAA